CUGGUUGGUGCCUGAAAUCUGUGCGUUGCCCCUUUAAUUGUGUCCCCAGCCCUCGGGCGUUUCUGUCCAACGCCCACGUCAGCAAAUACCUUUUGUUUCUCUCACGUUGGGGCUACUUGUUUUAGGGCGCCAAGGAGCGGCUGCGAAGCGGGCUGCCUCGCCUGCGGGGACCGGGAUCGGCCCCCAGCCCGCGCGCGCGACCCGCCGGAGCGCCGCGGCCCGCGAACUUUAUUUAGUAAAUGGAGUGCUUUCGCCUGUAUGAAUUGUUUCACAUAAAACAACCUCCCAGUCAGACCGAUGGUUGUUGCACUUUCCAGAUGAGGGAACUCGUUAAGCGUCGAGUUCAAGCCUUAAGCCAGGAGGUGGACGAUGGCAGCCUCCCAACCGCCUUGCUUCCUGGUCUUGCUCUUCAUUCCCUCCUAAAGGCACCUCCGGAGUCUUAUGCAAAGCAAGUCGGUCACAUCGCUUCCCUGCUCUGAAAACCUUAACUGAGCUUUAUCAGAAAAAAAGUCCAAAAUCCUCAUCAGAAGAACCAAGGCCCAAACUUCCUCUCCAGUCUAAGCUUCCGCAAGCCUCAGGACAAUCCUUCACACACAGACUGUGUUUGACUUGGAAUCUUCCCUUUUUCACUCCAUUCAAUUGGCUUAGCAGGAUUUCAAGAGCAGCAUUUGUAAUUUCCAGAAUGGAGAUCUCCUCUCAUCAGUCGCACCUCCUGCAACAGCUGAAUGAGCAGCGCAGGCAGGACGUGUUCUGUGAUUGCAGCAUCCUCGUUGAAGGGAAGGUCUUCAAAGCGCACCGGAAUGUAUUGUUUGCCAGUAGUGGCUACUUUAAAAUGCUUCUUUCUCAGAAUUCAAAGGAGACGAGUCAGCCAACCACAGCUACGUUUCAGGCUUUCUCCCCUGACACUUUUACGGUGAUCCUGGACUUCGUCUAUUCUGGCAAACUCUCUCUUACUGGUCAGAAUGUCAUAGAAGUGAUGUCAGCUGCUAGCUUCCUUCAGAUGACCGAUGUCAUUAGUGUCUGUAAGACCUUUAUUAAAUCUUCAUUAGACAUUAGCGAGAAAGAAAAAGAUCGCUAUUUCAGUCUCUCCGAUAAAGAUGCCAAUUCUAAUGGUAUAGAACGUUCCUCUUUUUAUAGCGGUGGCUGGCAAGAGGAAAGCAGUUCUCCGCACUCUCACCUAAGCCCAGAUCGAGGAACAGGUAUAAUAAGUGGAAAAUCUUGGAGUAAGUAUAAUUACCAUCCAGCGUCCCAAAGGAAUACUCAGCAGCCGUUGGCCAAGCAUGAGCAAAGGAAAGAUGCCAUUAAAAAGUCCAAACAUUUGAGGUUGUCCCAGCCUUCUGAAGUUGCUCAUUAUAAGUCAAGCAAACGAGAAGCACGGACAUCUGAUUCUUCCAGCCACAUUUCCCAAGCUGAAGAACAAGCACAAAUUGAUGCUGAAAUGGACUCUACUCCUGUUGGCUAUCAGUAUGGUCAAGGAUCUGAUGUCACAUCCAGAAAUUUUCCAGAUGAUCUGCCCAGGAUGCGAUUCAAGUGCCCAUACUGUACGCACGUGGUGAAGCGGAAAGCAGACCUAAAGCGCCACCUUCGUUGUCACACAGGAGAAAGGCCGUAUCCGUGUCAAGCUUGUGGGAAAAGAUUUAGCAGGCUAGACCAUCUAAGUAGCCAUUUCCGAACAAUUCACCAGGCAUGCAAACUAAUCUGCAGGAAAUGCAAACGCCAUGUGACUGAUCUAACGGGUCAGGUGGUCCAGGAAGGAACCCGGCGCUACAGGCUGUGUAAUGAGUGCCUCGCUGAAGUUGGCAUAGACAGCCUCCCCAUUGAUUUGGAAGCUGAACAGCAUCUUAUGUCCCCAUCAGAUGGAGACAAGGAUUCCAGAUGGCACCUGAGUGAAGAUGAGAAUAGAUCAUACGUGGAGAUUGUAGAGGAUGGGUCUGCUGAUCUGGUCAUACAACAGGUUGAUGACAGUGAAGAAGAAGAAGAAAAGGAAAUAAAGCCCAACAUUAGGUAGUUGUAAUGUGAACCGACAGAGCUGGCAUGUCUGCAACUUACACUGACUUUCUGUAUCUCUCCCUUUCCAUGGUCAGAGUCUGGUUAACAGAUUGAUCAGACUGACGUAAAAGUAGUGACCUGAUGUAACUUGCAUGCUUUCUGAACAGGCCAUUGUGUCCAUUCUGAACUUUGUUGCCCUAAAAUGUGUUGCUGCACUGGGAAGAAAGACCUAGCUUGAGUUGGUAUGAUGGAGGAACAAUUAAUCCUCUUACUUUUACUACACAGAUACCUUUUUUCUUUUAAUAUUGGAAGAUCUACUUAGCAAACUCUUUUCAAAGGAAGUAUUUUAAAUAAAUUUACCACAACCAAAGUUUACGUAAGAUAAUUUCAAGGUGUUUCAAAAACACAUAAACUACCAAUAUUGAGUUUUCACAGGGGACCAGGUAAAGAGCACAUUUAAAGGCCUGGCACCCUCCUGACUGAACUGUUAAGUCUUUGUAUUAACUUCAGAUCUAAAACAACCUAUCGUCAUUCCAGUAUCCUAAAUGUUUUAGGAUUAUGGCAGAAGACAAAUCUAAAAUGUUUGAAAUUGUUCAUUUUUGAAAUUUUUUCAUUAAGUUAAAAAUUACUCUGAUGUAGUCAGUAUUGUUUAAAAAAAAACCCAAAACCUAAAGUAGAGUGAAGAACUUUUACCAGUUCUUAAGAGUGAUUUCUAAUGUUUAUGUACUGCUAUAUUAUUUAUAAAGUGCUCUCUCUCAUUUUCUCACCUAAGCAGCAAGGUAAAUAUUAUUGUCUCUGAUUUACAAAUGAGCAAAGUAAGGUCAGAAAGUUUAAGGGGUGGGAUUGGACAGAUUUUGAUUUUAAACAGUCCUUUUUCAACUUUCUCUCCCUGUGUUGUCUCCUGAAAUGGCCAAGAAUUGAGGUCAAACCUUAGCAAUCAGCAGUAAUCACAAAAAGAAGCCUAUCAGAAUUAGAAAGUGUAAAAGAGAAAGAAUUUCAUCAUCUUCAACAAUAUAUAACAUCUUGAAGUAGUUAUUCAAAUAAUCCUAAAUAAUGUCCCUACAGUAUCUAUUGACAUGUUUUUAUGUUAUUUAUAUGUAAAUUUUAUAUAUAAAACUAUUUGAACAAAUUAUUCUCUUAAAUGCUUUAUGCAUUUUUGCUUCUCUUGUUUAUAUGAUUUUUCAACAAACUUUUCUCCUAGGAUACAAAGUUAAGUUUAAACUCCUGCCCUGUAUGAAUUAGGAAACAUUGCAAAAUUACAGUUAAAUUGGAGAAGGAUUAUCUUAGUUCUAAAGAUAAAAUAUAAAUACCAGAAGAACUGACCUUCAUAAAGGUCUCUGCAAGAUAUCACAAUUAAGCUUGAUAUAAUUUAAUUUUGAUAGGGAGAGGCUCCAUGAGUUAUACUGUAUUUUUUUUUUAGGCUGACUUUUUUUUUUUUUUUUUUUUUUUG